UUGUUGGUGGGAUAAGAUAUCUGGUAAUAUAAGGAUGGACAGCAGAUUCAUUCAGGCUUUUAAUCGUUCUCUGUUACACUGAAGAGUGUGUAGGCGAAUUGUACUCGAACAGAUGUGGUUCAUUCAAGAUAUGGUCAGACUGUGUAUUCUAAUGGUAUCAUAUAGGCAAAAGCUUUAUAAUUGUGGGGUAUGAGAAAUUCUUAGCUUGACCACAAACAAGAUUGUACAGUGAUAUUGUGUGGUCAUGUACUAAAGUAUAGACAAUGUAGCCGCAUGCACCAGACAAGUACUUUCUAUAUUUACAGCCACACUUGACUAUACAAAACAGUAUCACAUUCUUCUGAUAUCAUUGUUGUAUCUAUCGGCUCUGUACAUAUACUUUUAUAACCGUUUGGCACUGGACUUGCAAAAAAACCAGACCCACAUCAGGCCAGGAAGUUUGUUAAGGGUAGGGGUGCAUUAUAGGUUACGGACAUCUGAUCCAAACAAUUGGACCUAUACAGACACGUGUGAAUGAGGACUUCUGUAUAAAAAAAACAGAAGAGGUUCGGAAGUCUAGAUAUAUACCAGCACAGCCUUCUUAUCCACUUCAUAUAAAAACUAAGAAAUACCAGAACAGUUGGUUGCAAGCCUUAUCGUGUCAAUGAAGGCCGGAUGAUCCAACCCUGAGGAUAGCUUCCAAAGAGCUGCCACUUUGAUGGUCACAGGUGCCGUGUUGGAUGAACAGGGAUGGUGAGAUCUAAGAUGGGUAAAAGUAACCAGACCAGGGUACUUUUCCAGUCUUUACUGGCAAAGGCUGUCUAUGACAAUUAUGCGGAGACGCCGGAUGAGGUGGCGUUUCGUCGAGGUGAUGUCCUGACAGUGUUAGAACAGGACACCGGCGGACUCGAGGGAUGGUGGCUGUGCUCCUUCCGCGGAAAACAGGGCAUAGCCCCGGGCAACCGAUUAAAGCUGAUAACGGGGAUGCAUGAAUCGGGGGACAUAACUCUGGAUAACAGUCGGAUGGAUAGUUCAAGCAUCGAUAUAAGCAAAAUGGUCACCUUGCCCCGGAGAAUGUCGAAUGAUACUAGAAAUACGACCAUGAAUGACUAUGAUGUACCGCCAACCCGAAAUGUUAACGACUCCUUGUAUAAUCAUUCUUUUCAUGAACAAACAAACUAUGACACCCCAUCCAGUGCUAGGAAUGAGUCUGGACAUAAUACAUCCAGUUUGGAUCAAUCGUUAUAUGAUACGCCACCGGCACAUAAAUCUCUCGGUGUUUCACAGGACUCGAUGUACGAUGUACCACCAAGUGGGGGUGAAAUGUACGAUGUUCCGGCCCCGUCGUCUAACCGGUCUAGUAUCCUGUCCAAUCUGUCGCACCUCUCAAACGAGUCCACGAUGACCUACAGCAGUAGCAACUUUUCAAAUAAAAGUCACAGCCACAAUUCAAAUCCUGCAAGCAUGUGCGACUCCGCACGUUCAAGCAUGGACAUUUCUCCGCAGGACUUCUACGAUGUGCCGCCUUCUCAUCAGGAGACACGUCACAUGACAUUGAACCACAAUAAGCAGCCCUCUGCUGACUCGGGGCUGGAUUUAUAUGACUCUCCACCAAAAGGACUGACAAUACCUGAGCCGGCAGAUCAGCAAGAUUAUGAUGUGCCACGCUCAGACUACGAUACACCAAAGUCGAUCAGUGCUACAGAUACAGAACGGACACUUGAGCGUCAAAAGUAUCGGAACCUGUACGAUACUUCCAAAAAUAGCAGUUGUGAUAAAUCUGACCCGAAGGAGCAUGAUAUUGAUGAUGUGUAUGAUGUUCCACCUAGUAACGCUCCGGUCAGGAGCAAAGUGCUGUUCCAAACAAAAGGGGAUGCAGGCUCGUCUAUGUUUAAAGGGGAUACCAGUAUGCUCGAUAAAAACUGCUCCCUUCUUAGUGAUAUGAGUCUGAAGGUCGACCCGACUGGUGUAUAUGACAUCCCACCUCAGGUCACCCGAGACUCCAUGUUGUCAUCAAAGUCCGAGUCAUCUGACGGAAUGGAUGACAAACGCCUGUCCAUGUGCAGUGUUGAUUCUCGGAAUUCUGAUAUACCGAUUUACGAUGAAUUGCCUCUAGAUUUGGAUGCUGCUAUGGACCUCAUGGUAAAACUGCAGCAGGAUGUUCAACGGGCCACAACAAAACUGUCGAGCUUUGUCAGCAGUGUGUGGAGAACCAAAAACAACCUGGAGCCAAAUGUCUAUGCCAUCAAGCUGGCUUCAAAUGGUGUGAAAAACUCUCUGGAUGAGUUUCUUGCCUUCGCACAAGGCACUUUGGCCAAUUCGGCACGACUUCCCGAUAGUAAACUCAUAAAUAAACUGCACAGGCAACUGCACCCUUUACAGCAGACUUUGGUACAGGUGAAGGUAUGUCUGAAAAACCUUGAAGAGAGCAACUGGCAACUCGGAGCACUUGUUACCGAAGAUGCAUCAAAGAAGGAUGAUCUUGGCAUAAUUGCAUCAGUGUCUAAAGACUUAACAGUUGAUGUGAGAAAACUUGUGUCUUUGAUUCACGGUAAUUCACCACUGCUGUUUAAGCGAGCGUCUGACAUCCCAGGAUAUCUGCUGGAACCAAACUCCACAAGCUCUGUGGAAACAUGUUCUGCUGAAUCAAAACCUCCACUUCAGCCUAAACCACAGUUGCCACCAAAGCCUGGGGGCGGGGGGAAGCCAUGGAAUCUACAGCAUAGACCCCUUCCUCCUCCACCGCCCAAGGAAAGGCCCCUACCCGCAACACCCUCGGACAAAAAGUCUAUAGUGGAUGUUGAUAAGCGCGUGUCGGGUGAAUUCCAGCGAAAUUCUGAUGAUUUCCGUAGAUACUCUGCUGAGUUCAAGCGACUUUCAAUGGAGUUGAAGUACAAACAGAACGAAAGUAAAGAGAAAGAUCUUGUUGAGGAGUAUGAUUAUGUUCAUUUAGAGGCUAGAGAUGUGGAUGAGCAAAUGAAACAGAAAAACAGUUCAGAAAUAAGGGGAGAUGUUCAUGAAAUGCCUGUGCGUGACCAGAGCUUACCAGCAAAAACCUCAUCACAUACUGACACUAAAACCUCGUCAAAUGACCUUAUAAUACCGACUAAUCGUAAUAUAGACCAGUCAAAUGCUGAUAUGCAAGGUGUGAUGGGGCCUGUUAAUAUACGGUACGAAAGUCCAAAAAUGACACAGACAGUGACACCAACUAUUAAACUGGACCCCAAUGACAAACAGGUGCUUUUCUUCUACUCUGGACAGUUGGAGACGCAUUCGACGCUUCUUAUGAAUGCCGUUGAUGCUUUCUUUGCCUGUAUAGAAAAAUGUCAAGGUCCAAAAGUGUUCAUAUCCCAUAGUAAGUUUGUGGUGGUUUCGGCUCACAAGCUUGUGUACAUUGGUGACAGUCUGCACAAAAAUCUCAUCAAUAAUGAGAUCAAGAAUAAGAUUAUGCACUGUGCAAAUAAUUUAUGUAACUGUCUAAAGGCAGCAGUGACCACGACCAAGACGGCUGCCCUUCAGUACCCAUCUGUUCCGGCUGUACAGGACAUGGUUGACCGAGUCACAGAUGUGUCGCACGCUGUGUAUGAAUUAAAACAUGUGAUAUCUCAGGCAGCCUCAUUAUAGCAUCAGUUUAUAAUACCACGGAUACGGCUAUAGGUUAACGGUAUAAUUAUCUACCAGUUGUUCAAAUAUCCGUUCAGAUUUUUUUUUCCCAUUGCAUUUUGAAGAACUUCAAAAUAUGGGAGGAAGAAACCGUCCAGUGUUUAAAAUAAAAAUAAUUGUAACGGAAAUCUAAGGAUACUGCAGCUAUUGUAUCAAAACUUUGAUUAGUGAUAGUGUGGUUAAAGGGAAGUAACUCUUGUUGAGAAUUUGAAUAUUGAGUAUAUUUCGUUCCUGAAAAUUACUUUCCUCUGAUCUCAUUUAAAAAAAAAGUGCUGAUUCAUUUUUAAGUUGAUGCCUGUAUUGUUUAACGCUAUUUUUCCCCACAUUUUGUUUAUUUUAUGUUUGCAAGGUCAUAUUGAUACACUUGUAGGUUGUAUUAACUGUACUGAUUGGUAUGUAGGAUGUGACUGAAUUUUACAGCAUCUAAUAUUUGAUGAGAACGAGAACCUAAGUAUGAUUUUGAAGUUCCAUGUUACAGGGAGAGGUAUAUUUAUAUAGAGCUACAGAGACUUACACAUUGUACAAACCCACAAAAUGAAUUUUCUUAGAUGCUCCAAUAAUUUCAAUUUUCUGAAGUAACUAAUAUUUCUGUAACAGAAUUUGAAUUCAAAUGAAAUAUUUGUGAUAUUAUCUUUACCAGGAAACUUGAGAUAUGUUAUCAUUUUUGAGCUGAUUGAGGAGUUUUAAUAUCAAUGAGUUUAUAAUUUGUCUUUUUCUUCUCCUAUUUUUUUGUGUAAAUUUGAGUGAUUCAACUCAGUGAUUUCUAGUGUUUAAAACUAUGUUAUCUUAUUAAAUAGAAAACCAGUGCUUUCUACCCUUUCAGUUCUUAUUUCUUGCUAUGAUGAUAUUUGAACUUGAAAUUUUCAUUUGGUCAUCAAAUUUCUAUGAGUAAUUUUAUCGUUUUUUCAAGGCUGUAUGAUCAAAAGAUAUUAAUCUUUCAUACCAGAGUCAUGAUAACCUUAUUGAAAAACAUGACUUAUCUCUCCUUGAUGAUAACUCUUCAUGUGAGAAUAUGAACUGUGAAAGCUAAGAGUUGUUGAAAAACCUGUGAUGUUGUUGAAUGAAAAAAUGACAAUAUGAUAUUUGUACAUAUAGAAGUAUAUUUUAAUAUAACUUAACGACAAAUAAUGAAUGAUCCUGCUCCAUUAUGGUGGGUUAAUUUAUUUGAGAAAUCGAUCGGCACUGCUGUUGUGUAUAUGUAUUACACUGUCCAACUUUGUACUAGAAAGUGCCUUUAUUUAUCUGUUGCCUUAUAAAUAGUGCAUCUUCAUUUGGGACAUGCAGUAAAGUUUAUGUGUCCGGAAAAGGUUGGUUUCUUAUAAAGUGUCAUCAUUUCCAUUUCUUAUCUUAAUUUAUAGAUCUAUUAUUGAGAGUUUAGUUGACUUGCACAAAGGGAGAUAACUAUUAUACACCAUAUCUUAACUAUUUAAGUUAUGUUUGACAGGUAUUUUCAUUUUAGAAAUUAUUACCAUAACAUCAUUAUGCUUCAUAAAGGUAUUGGAAAACAUGACAUCAGAAACAUUGGUUUUUUAAAUGGGACCUCAUUUUAAAAUCAAAAUGGGAAAGGCAACAAGAUUGGAAACCUGAAGGAAACAUUCUUUUUAACAAAGACUAUAUACAUUUUCAUAAUUUAUGUGUAAAGUCUUUCAUUUAAAAUUGUUUGCGUACAUGUUCCAAACAUCAGGAUAUUGAAAAGGUUGGUUACAAAUGGGGAAAAAAAGAAACUCAAUCUCUAGCUUUAGAACUACUCAGAAAAUUUGUUCCAUCUCCCUUUGAUAUUCUUCAACACCAAAUGAAAGUAAAUACUUUGAAAGGUUGACCUCUGGGUGACCUUAUGUUGACCUGGUUGACCUUUGUGUAUAUGUUACUAUUUAUGUAGCUGCCAGAGAACCAAUGUAACCGGCUAAUGUUUGCAUCUCUAUAACGUUUAUGUGUCUAUAUUGCUAAGCAAUAAAGUUACUCAUGAUUAAUAUAAA